UUAGUCAAUUAGUCAUCGACCAUUGUGAAUAAGGCUUAAAAAGAGUGCACAACGCAGUGCGCGUGUUUGUGUGCGCAUGAAAAAGUUGGUCGACGCGCACACGCGCUGUAGCACGCCACUCGCCAGACGCCAGCCACAACCCCAGUAUAGCGUUGCAAGCAGAUUGUAAGCAAGGCAAGCAAGCAAGAAGUAUCUACUACUCCACAGUGCACUGCUGCUGCUACUGAUCUUUAAACCAGCUCUCUCGCUCUCUCUUAGCUGCUUGAACUCGAUUUUAUCUUAUAAAAUUCGAAGGGCAACGCAGACAUGGUUGCAAGAAGAUAUUAAUGAGGCCAUUUCUUCUGGAAAAGUCAAGAGAAAAAGUUAAAAACAUGACUCAAGCCAACAGAAAACGUGGUCGCGAUAUGGAAGAAGAAAGUAGUGAGUUGCCCUUAAGCAAGAGAAUCAACAAUCUUCAUAUCAACAACUUCUCUGGGAUUCAAGAAAGAUCACCAGAACAAUUAGAUGCAAAUUGGGGUAAUCAGAACUUUGUUCCAUCUCCAAAUCAUUCUGAGCCAUCUCAAGGUUCUUCAUCCUGUGAUGGAUACAGUUCAAGUCAAAGCAGCUACAGUGAAUAUAAUCCAGAUUUGAGUGCUACUGACAAUCCCUAUUAUUAUGAAAACAACAAACUUUUGUAUACUUUGCACAUGGAACGUCUACAAAGAAUAGAAAAUCUUUAUUGACAGUUGUAAAGAUUCAGGAUUGUUAAGUAAAUUGAAAGUAUGGGUGUAAUGUUUAUGUAUGUUUAUGUGUGGAAUGAGAAAAUUUUGAUAAUUUUAUUAUGCUAUUUUUCUUUUUCAUAAUUUUAGAUAAUAUUUCAAUUUGAGCUAGCCUUAAAGUUUCUAACUGAAAGUAUUGAGCUUAAUAUUUGGAAGAUUUGUAAAAAUAAUUAUUAACAAAUUGGCUUUUAUCUUUUUUAGAUUUCUAAAUUACAAAAAAAACUUUCAAGAAUUGUAUAUCAUUUUGACUCGCUGAGAAUUCAGCCUUUCAUAAAAGAAUCAACAAUCAACAUUCUGAUUCUAAAAAUAAUUCGAAUUCAUAAUCCUAUUAUAUUAUGAUGUUAGAUUAUUAAGUAUUUUAAAACUUCUAAGCUUUAAAAUAUCGAAGUAAUCAAAAUCAAUUUUUGAAUCAUGAAUGAUUAAUACCUUUAUUUAUUUUGUUUUAAUUAGUAUUUUAAAAGUUAGAAAUUCAUUGAAUAAUUCAAAAUGUAAAAUGUGUUGCAUAGUAAAAAUUAAGUGCGAUCAUUGUUGAGUAUUUAAUGUUACGUUAUUUGCCAUGACGUGACUUGAAAAAGUACAAGCUCAUUUGUUGAGCCAGUGAUGAACUGCUUUUUAUUAAUAAGUAUAAAAUUUGCAAGUGUAUUUACAAGCAUAUUUCAAAUGAUAAUGCACAAAUCAUUCCGUCAUACUUUACCAAGGAGCAAUACAUCCUUUUAUUUACAAUAUUAUUAAAUUCAAAAUACCAUUAUUGUGCAUAUUAAUUUAUUUAAUUAGACAAAAAAUUUGAUGUGCAUUUAUGUCUGAAUUGAAAACGCCAUAAUAGUAAUUGUUCUAAUUUUCAUAAUAUUUGGAUAGUCAAAAUAUGAUAACCAAAAGAAAUUGAAUAGUGUAAUUGAUAUUGACUUAUUACAAUAUAUAUAUUUUCAUUAUUCAAAUAUUAGAUAGAUUUUUAAUAUUAGCUGCAAUUCACCAAAUGUUACGAUGAGUAUGGUCAUUAGAAAAAUUCACUUGAUACAAAAAUUAAAACAUUUCAUUCAAAUUUAAUUUCAAGAAUGCUUAUCAAUUAGUAAGUAUUUUGUUUCAAAAGAUUUUUUUGACUACCUAAAGUUUUCUAAUUAUGGAAUGAAAAGAAAUGUAUUUUGUCUACGAAUCCUAAAAUACAAUUUAUAUUGAACAAUUUAAAUUUUAAU